AACAGAACAAGAUAAUUUUGGAGUACUACUUAUAAUAUUAAAGAUAAUACCUAGUAAUACUUUAUAAGUUUUUAAAUAGUAUAAUUAGUAUAAUUAUUAAAUUAGUUUCAUCAAAUCAAGAUGGUGCCAAGGGUUUUAAUUUUGACUACGUUUCUCAACUUAUUCAUUUCCAAUGGUUUGGCAAUUAACAACAAACGCUUUCCUUCAAACUUCCUGUUUGGAUCGGCAACAUCUGCCUAUCAAGUUGAAGGAGCGUGGAAUGCAGAUGGAAAAUCAGAAUCCCUUUGGGAUCGUUAUAUUCACACCACACCCGGUUUUAUCGAAGACGGGAGCACUGGAGAUGUUGCUUGUAAUUCAUACUAUCUAUGGGAAAACGAUAUAGCAAUUCUUAAAGAAAUGGGAGCCAAUCAUUAUAGAUUUUCUAUAGCUUGGACCCGAAUUUUACCCACAGGUCGCAAUGAUGUAGUUAACGAGAAAGGAAUAACAUACUAUAAAAACCUCAUCAAAGCUCUUAAACAGAACAACAUAGAACCAAUGGUUUCCAUGUUUCAUUGGGACACUCCUCAAGCUCUUGAAGAUCUUGGCGGUUUCCUAAACGAUUCAAUUGCAGAUUGGUAUGCAGAUUAUGCUCGAGUACUUUACGAAAAUUUUGGAGACGAUGUUAAGUAUUGGUUCACUUUCAAUGAACCAAAAACAUACUGUAAUGGCGGGUACGGUUACGCAUACGAUCCUCCAAGAAUUGCUUCGGAAGGUCUUUUGGAAUACGUUUGUGCGCAUAAUUUGUUGAGAGCCCAUGCUAAGGCUUAUCGUAUUUAUGAUCAAGAAUUUAGAAGCAAACAAAACGGUAAAAUGUCAAUUGUUUUGGACUCAUCGUGGUUUGGACCAGCAACUAAUAGUUCCGAAGAUAAAGUUGCAGCUGAACAAGCUUUUCAUUUUGAGCUCGGUUGGUAUGCCAAUCCUGUUCACUAUGGAGACUAUCCAGAAGUAAUGAAAACUCGCAUCGCAGCUCGAAGUGCAGCUGAAGGUAGGAAUCAAUCGCGUCUUCCAGAAUUUACUGAAGAAGAAAAAGAACAGCUCAAAGACAGUACUGACUUCUUCGCCGUCAAUACUUAUACAGGAAGUUUAGUAUCAGCCAUACCAGAACCUGGAAUUACUGAUCCACCAAGUAGAUAUGGAGAUAUGGGAGUUAAUAGUUUUCAACCAGAUGAAUGGGAAUCAACUACAUUUGGUUGGUUUAAAUAUGCACCAUGGGGAAUGAGAAUCCUUCUGAACUGGAUAAAAUCCACUUAUGGUGAUCCAGAAAUCGUUGUUACUGAGAAUGGCUAUCCUGACUAUGGAGGAUUGAAUGACACUAGAAGAUUGGAUUAUCAUCGUGAUUAUUUAAGCUAUACACGCGAUGCUAUGGAUCAAGAUGGCGUUAAAGUAUUUGCGUACACUGCAUGGAGUUUAAUGGAUAACUUCGAAUGGUUUUCUGGAUACACGCAAAAGUUUGGACUUUACGCAGUUGACUUUGACAGUGAGAACAAAACUAGAACUGCGAAACAGUCUGCACUGUAUUUUCGUCAAGUUAUUAAAACAAAAUGUCUUGUAGAUCAGUGCGUUGAAUAAUAAUAAAAACAAUUUUUAUGCCUUUU